AUGGAUCUACCUGCUCACCAGCGUCCUUUAUUUUCGGACCGAGUAACCGUCAACGGCACCGUCACGCCGCUUGCUCUUAUCGCCGACGGUAGGCUCUGGUGGUCGGAAGGGAUCCAACGCUGUCUCUCCGUCGAAAAAGAGGUCCUCGGAUUCGUCGCUAGUGGACCCUACGUCAUACUCAAGACGCUCGUGGAGGCUCGUGACGGUUGCUGCACCACCGGUGCCGCGGGCAGACUCGUUCCUCAUGACGUCGUUUUUAAACCCUCAUCGGAUGAAACACAUAGCCUCUGGUGUCAGAAGCUUCGCGAAUUUAUUGAUUCUCUUGGUCGACCUAAGAGGUUGCUGGUUUUUGUGAAUCCAUUUGGUGGGAAGAAAUCUGCUGUGAAGAUUUUUGAUGAACAAGUUAAACCUCUUUUUGAAGAUGCUCAAAUUCAACUCACUAUUCAAGAAACCGAACAUCAGCUACAUGCCAAGGAGGUUGCUUGUUCGCUUGAUAUUAAGAAGUACGAUGGAAUUGUUUGUGUUAGCGGAGAUGGAAUCUUGGUUGAGGUUGUAAACGGGCUUCUUCAAAGAGAGGAUUGGAAUACAGCAAUAAAGAUGCCUCUUGGAGUAGUUCCUGCAGGUACGGGAAAUGGCAUGGCAAAAUCUCUGCUUGAUUCAGUUGGCGAUCCUUGUGCAAUAGCCAAUGCCGUUCUUGCUAUUAUACGAGGCCAUAAGCGACAGCUUGAUGUGGCUACCAUCACACAAGGAGAGACCAGAUUUUUCAGUAUACUAAUGCUUGCAUGGGGUCUAAUUGCUGAUAUUGACAUCGAGUCUGAAAAGUAUCGGUGGAUGGGAAGUGCUCGUUUAGAUUUUUAUGCUCUCUGUAGAUUAUUCAAUUUGAGGCAAUACAAUGGACGUGUUUCAUUUGUGCCUGCACCUGGGUUUGAGUCUUAUGGGGAGUCUACCAGUUACCCUGCCAAAUCCACUAUCAAAGGCGACAGCAAUGAUCCAAGUGAAGGAGCACAUGUUAAUUUGCAAACACUUUAUUAUCAAGGACCUGAAAUAAACUUGGAAAAUAUGAAUUGGAGAGUUAUAAACGGGCCCUUUAUUAGUGUCUGGCUUCACAAUGUACCUUGGGGUGCUGAAGACACAAUGGCAGCACCUGAUGCAAAGUUCUCUGAUGGUUAUCUGGACCUGAUCAUUACGAAGAAUUGCCCAAAGUUACAUUUGUUGUCAAUGUUGUCAGGGUUGAGUAAUGGAGAACAUGUGAAAUCCCCGUAUGUCACGUACCUGAAGGUGAAAGCUUUCAGUUUGGAACCUGGUUCACGCACCAAGGACCAAGAGAAGGAAGGGAUUAUAGAUUCAGAUGGCGAGGUUUUGGCGAGAGGGAAAGGAACCUACAAGUGUGAACAGAAGGCUUUGAUGGCGUAUGAUAAAUUGCAGAUUACAGUGGAUAGAGGUUUAGCCACACUUUUUACCCCUUUAUGA